AUGAGGCACAGUGUGAGGUGUAGGAACAGGAUGAGGCACAGUGUGAGGUGUGAGGUGCAGGAACAGGAUGAGGCACAGAGUGAGGUGCAGGAAUAGGAUGAGGCACAGUGUGAGGUUUGACACUAGAAGACACUGUAGUAGAUAGAGAGCAGAGAGCACAGAAUAAGUCACCUGUACUCUGUGUGACUGGAGUGGGCGCUGCUGCUACACACACUGACAGCUGGCGCUGACCUCUCCCAGCCGCCGUACUGACGUCACCAAGAUGGCGCUGCCCAUGGCCAGGCGUGCUGUGUCCUGCCGGCUGAGGAGCGGACUCCGGGGACUGUGCACCGACCGGCAACCGGCAGCUCAGGAUGGAAAACUCUGCUUGUUCUCCGGCAUCCAGCCCACAGGCAUCCCCCACCUGGGGAACUACCUGGGCGCCCUGCAGAGCUGGGCCAGCCUGCAGGACGAGUUCGGGUUGGUGCUGUUCAGUGUUGUGGACCUACAUUCCAUCACCGUACCCCAGGACCCGGACAGGCUGCGGGAGAGCGUACUGGACAUGACUGCCUGCCUGCUAGCCUGUGGAAUCAACCCUGACAAGAGCUGUGUCUUUCAGCAGUCUCGGGUACCAGAACACGCUGAGCUUGGCUGGAUUCUCGGCUGCCUGACGUCCAUGCCGCGGAUCAGGCACUUGCCGCAGUGGAAGAUGAAGAGCCAGACGCAGAAGAAUGAAGGAAGUGUUGGGCUGUUCACCUACCCGGUGCUGCAGGCGGCUGACAUACUGCUGUACAAGUCCACACACGUUCCGGUGGGAGAUGACCAAUCCCAGCACAUAGAGCUGACCCAGGACGUAGCUCGGAUCUUCAAUAACCGAUACGGCGACUUCUUUCCCGUCCCCACAGCGCUGAUGAGCACCUCCAAAAAGAUUAAGUCCCUCCGCAACCCAUCGGUGAAGAUGUCGAAGUCGGACCCCCAAGUGCUGGCCACCGUGCGGCUGAUGGACAGCCCGGAGGAAAUAGGGAUGAAAUUCCGCAAGGCCGUCACGGACUUCACCUCCCAGGUGACCUUUGACCCUGAAGGGCGACCGGGUGUCUCCAACCUGGUAGCCAUCCACAGCGCCAUGACGGGCCUUACUCCUGAGGAUAUCGUGCAGCAGAGCAGCGGACUUGAGACCGCGCAGUACAAGAUAGUGGUGGCGGACGCGGUGAUAGAGAAACUGACGCCCAUCCGGGAAGAAAUCCAGAGGCUCAGGGAAGAUCCGGGGUUUCUGCUGGACGUGCUAAACCGCGGGGCUCAGAGAGCCAGGGACGUGGCGGUUCCUGUGUAUGACGCCGUCUGCCGGUUGGUGGGCUUAAGAUGAGCGAUCCAAAGAUGGUGGGGGGGGGUUCCGUCAUGUACACUCUGGCCUGGAUCAUCUGCGACAGCUUGGUGAACAUGGGCCUAAUCCAGACUGCACCACGGUUCUUGUACUCCUAUACAAUUGGUGUGUAAGCCAAUGUCCAGAAACACACACACCUGUACGAUGAUACGCCCACAUGCUCCAGCCUAUGAGAGGACCAGUCAUCCCGUCAUCUGAGUUACUGUAACAUCACUGUCUCCGCCCCACGUAUCAAUCCACCAAUCCACAGACUGCGUUUCUGCACAGCAAGUCUCUCUGCGCCUGCUGCGUCAGAUAGGCGUUCUCCCCCCAAACGUGAGGAGUGAGAGAGCGCGGAGGGCGCAUCGGGAGUGUCAGCUCUCCGGAUCGGUACUGUGAGUGCAGCUCGGUAAUACGCAGUAUUUGCUACAUACAGAUGCGUCAGAGCGGCUGCACCUACUGUGUAAUGUGACGUCUGUGGGGUAAAACUGAGACACGUCUGCUGAAAUUGAAUACUGGGACCAUAGUGCUGGACAUACACGUACGCUUGUAUUAAAUAAUAUAUAUAUAAUUUAAAUCCUUUAAAGGAAAUUGAGGAAUUAAUUGCAGAUAAUUUGCAGUUCGGUUGAAGGUUUUACCCUACUGUAUGUUGAUUUUUUAUUAAAGUGAUUUCAUUUUUCCAAUAAAC